AUGUCCCAGCCUGGUGACUACGCCUCCGUCCGCAAAGACAUCGCCUCCCUCCUCAAGCAACCCGAAUGCGACAAUGGUUCUGCAGGUCCAGUACUCGUUCGUCUAGCUUGGCACAGCGCUGGCACUUACGAUGCGGAAACAGACACGGGCGGUAGCAAUGGCGCAGGCAUGGGAUAUGAAGCAGAAGGAGGCGAUCCAGCCAACGCAGGUCUACAACAUGCGCGUGUCUUCCUCGAGCCGCUGAAGGACAAGCACUCAUGGAUAACCUACGCGGACCUGUGGACCCUGGCAGGAGUCGAAGCUAUCAAGCAGAUGGGAGGGCCUGCGAUGCCGUGGCAGCCUGGGAGGACAGACUAUGUUGAUGAUAGCAAGUUGCCGAGUCGAGGAAGGCUGCCGGAUGGUGCUCUAGGAGGAGAUCAUCUCAGGCACAUCUUCUACCGGAUGGGCUUCAACGACCAGGAAAUUGUCGCGCUCAGUGGUGCGCACAACCUCGGGAGAUGCCAUGCAGAUCGUAGUGGCUUCGAUGGCGCAUGGGUCAAUAAUCCAACUCGCUUCAGCAACACAUACUUCAAACUCAUCCUCGACCGCGACUGGCGCGAAAAGAUCCUGGACAACGGCGUGCGGCAAUUUGUCUACUACGACGAAGACGCCGAGGAGGAACUCAUGAUGUUACCUACCGACCUCGCGCUGCUUGGAGACAAGAGCUUCCGUCCAUGGGUGGAGCUAUACGCCAAGGACAAGGAUCGAUUCUCCGCAGACUUCUCGAAAGUGUUCGCAAAAUUGAUCGAGCUUGGCAUCAGAAGAGACGCGAGUGGGAAGGUCGUCAAUACCGAUAAUGUCCUUGGAGGUUAUCAUGCUGCACCGAAGAAGCCUGCGCAGCCUGGGAAGGAUGAUGGUGUGGAUCGCUAUGGCGAGGCGGAGCCGUUGCGGAAGCAGAAUCAUGAACAUCAGAUAAGAGCGAGGUUGUGA